CCUGGCCCAGGGCUUCGGCGUCAGCCCCGACGUGGUGCGGCGGGUGCUGCGGAGCCGGGGCUGUCCCCCGCCGCGCCGCCGCCUGCGGCAGGACGAGAGGGCCCUGAGCGCGGCACCGGCCACCGGCCAUGAGGUGCGCGCCCCCGACGGCACGCUGCUGUACCGGCUGCCGCGGGGCCGGGGCGGGCCGGGACCCGGCGCGCAAUAAACGGCUGCAGGGGACCCGCCUCCGCCCGCCCCUCGCUUCCUCCGCGCCGGCCAUGGGCUCCGACGCGGCGCGGCUGCUGGAGGCGGCCGACUUCGCGGCCGGGAAGCACAAGGAGCAGCGGCGGAAGGACCCCGAGGGCACCCCCUUCAUCAACCACCCCAUCGCCGUAGCCAGGAUCCUGGCCAGCGAGGCCGGCGUGACCGACAUCGUCGUGCUGCAGGCCGCCCUCCUCCACGACACGGUGGAAGACACGGACACCGCCUUCUCCGAGAUCGAGGAGCGGUUCGGGGAGGAGGUGAGGCGCGUCGUGGAGGAGGUGACGGACGACAAGGCGCUGCCCAAGGCGGAGCGGAAGCGGCUGCAGAUCGAGCGGGCCCCCGCCAGCAGCCCCCGCGCCAAGCUGGUCAAACUGGCCGACAAGCUGCACAACCUGCGGGACCUCAACCGCUGCACCCCGCAAGGGUGGUCGCCGCAGCGCGUGCAGGAGUACUUCCAGUGGGCGGCGCGGGUGGUGGCCGGUCUGCGCGGGACGAGCCCGCCGCUGGAGGCCGCGCUGCAGCGGCUGUUCGAGGAGCGCGGCCUGGCCUUGGCGCCGCCGGGGCCUGACACCGGCACCGAGACCGGCGGGGCCUGGGAGGGCCGGGAGCCGCGGGUGGGGCGCGGCGGCCAAUAAACGUGCGCGGAGCUGAGA